GCACGCACGGUCACAGUCUGCUUUGGUCCGUCUCGGAAUUCGGAAGUGUGUUUCUGCACCCAACCCAAUCAUCAGAAGAAAGCCCUCCCGCCCCCCCAAAACACCGUUCCCUUUCCUUUCGGGCAUCCAACUCACCCCUCUUGUCUUUCACGAUCACACACAUUUCCUGGAUCUUCCCGUUUCCAACCGCAAACGAGCCGGUACACGUUUUGUCCCCUCUGUCAAAUUGUGCGUGCUUUUGUGAAGGUGAUCGUUAAACUACAUUCGAUAACUACAGCACCGGCGCGAGUAUCCUGUGUAUCCCGAGCUUUGCAGAAGCAGCAAAGCACUCCCGCCAUCUCCCCCCAUUUCCCACCGAUCAUUUUGGAGUUAAUUAACACGGAUUAGCAGCAGAACUGACGUACAAAAAUGACCAAUAAAAUCGACCUCAACAAAGCCCCCGAAGCGUACGCACCGUACAGCUUCGACCUGCCGGACAAGUUCAAAAUUAUGGCCCAGGACGAGCUGCGCGAGGAUGACGACAUGCGGGAGAACGCCCUGAAGCAGUUCCGCGAGUGGAUCGCCAAACAUCCGCUGAUCCGCAAGUGCCGCACGGACGCACCGUUCCUGUUGCGCUUUCUGCGCACGAAAAAGUUCUCCAUCCCGGCGGCGACGGAGAUGCUGGAGAAGUACCUGACCAUCCGGCAGGUCUAUCCGCACUGGUUCUUCAAGCUGGACAUUAACGAUCCCGACCUGGAGGCGAUCAUCGACAGUGGCUACCUGUUCGCGCUGCCCGAGCGUGACGAGCACGGGCGCAAGAUCAUCUUCUCCAAUGCGGGCAAGUUCGAUACGAGCCGGUUCACGUCGGCCCAGCUGAUCAAGAUCCACUCGAUGGUGCUGGAGGCGCUGCAGGACGAGGAGGAGUCACAGAUCUCGGGCUACAUACACGUGACGGACGAUUCCGAGCUGAACAUUGGCUUCCUGAGCAUCUGGUCGUUUACGGACAUUCGCAACUUGGCGCACUGUGUGCAGAACUCGCUGCCGAUGCGUCAGAAGGAGAACCAUUUCGUCAGCCUGCCCUCGUUCGCGAACAAGCUGUCGGAGUUUAUACUGUCCGUGCUGAGUGAGAAGCUGCGCAACAGGGUGUUUGUCCACCGGGGCUGGGAUGAAGCGAAGACGAAGAUCAAUCCCAAGCUGCUGCCGAAGGAGUACGGCGGUACGGUGCCGAUGGCGGAGUGUAUUGCCCAGUUCAAGAAGCAGCUCAAAGAACGUCGUGAUAUUGUGCUGGCGCUGGACGAGAUGGAGAUCGAGAUCAACAAGAGUACGAUCCCGUGGGCUGACAGUACGGAUGCGGACAUUGCCAGCGGUGUCAUCGGCAGCUUCCGCAAGCUGGAAGUUGACUAAGAUUUCAGGGCUCUCUCCCCUAUUUAGCUUGAGCGUUACUAUUUUAGGGGAGAGUGUUCGUUUCGGAGCGCACGGUUAGAUUCUUAAGCUUAGUAAAUGUUUGUUUCAUGGUGUAUGAGUGAAGAGUUCCCAGCGGUACCCCAAUUCCUUUAGUAUCCUCCCUCCCCAUUACACUUAAUUUUUAAGCAAACCGAGCAGCGACACUAACAGUGACACUCGCUACGCCGGGAAGGUGGAAUACAGUUACCAAAACAGUCGACCAUUCGUGCCGGUCCGAUACGCGCGCCCACAGGCGCAUCGGACAGGCAAGCAGUGGAUCGCGUUACUUCUUAAUUCGCUCCUACCGUACGAUUUAUCUGUUGCGAUUUGCGUUAUUUUUUGUCCUUCGUUUUCCUCCACCUGCUUCCUGUUGAGCAUGGGUUUAGGCAGUGGGUGUUUGCUAUAUCAACGGCCGCGCUGUGAUCGAAGGUUAUUACGUUGCCUUGUGUAUUGGUUCUAAAUUAUUAUCGUUGGCUAGGCCUUACGUUUUAUCCUUAUCGGUGUUAUGUUCGUUUCAGUAGCAGUUACGAUCGUACAAGCAGUAUUGAAGCGGGAGGCACGGUAACACGAUCGCGUUUGAAGGUAUGGAAGAAAUAGAGAGAGAGCACACGCUGACACAUGAUUGUAAUCGUUAGGUACUAAGUAAGCACAACAGAUAAACAAAUAUAUUCAAUCAUAUCCUUUUA